CUGUCAGACGGAAGUGUCGAUCCCGUCUGGGUCAUUCGGUAGAAAUGGAGUCACGCGCAGAGGCUUUGGGAACAGUAAGCGUUUAGAAGUCAGAAGUCACUCGAAACAAUCGCUUGAAUGACUGAAAACUAUCGAUACAUUUACGGAAACUUUAGAGACUGCAGAUUGCUCCAAUUUCUUUGUGGAAAUGACUGAGAAGAACAUUAGUAUCUCUCAAGAAGGAAAUGGCAAAGUUGGUCGGGUCAUUCGGAUGGGAACAAGAAAAAGCCAGCUGGCUCGCAUCCAAACAGACAGUGUGGCCUUCACACUAAAAGAGAUUUAUCCGGAUGUUCAUCUUGAAAUAGUUGCCAUGUCCACAAUUGGGGACAAAAUCUUGGACACUGCAUUAUCAAAGAUCGGUGAAAAAAGCCUCUUUACCAAGGAACUAGAGAAUGCCCUUGAGAAAAAUGAAGUGGAUAUUGUGGUGCACUCUCUAAAGGACUUACCUACCUCAUUGCCCCCUGGAUUUACUAUCGGAGCCAUUCUUCAGCGUGAAAAUCCCCAUGAUGCAGUGGUGCUUCAUCCAAAGAAUGCUGGACUUACACUGGACAGCUUGCCAGAAAAAAGUGUGAUUGGCACAAGUUCGCUUCGCAGGGCAGCUCAACUGAAGAGAAGAUUCCCUCAACUGGAGUUUGAAAAUAUUAGGGGAAAUCUAAACACUCGUCUAAAGAAGCUAGAUGAAAAGGAUGAUUAUGCUGCCAUUAUUCUGGCUGCGGCAGGCCUUAAACGCAUGGGCUGGGAAAGCCGAAUCAGUCAGAUUCUGGGACCUGAAGAUUGCAUGUAUGCAGUUGGUCAGGGAGCAUUGGCAGUGGAAGUCCGAGCACAAGAUAAAGACAUUUUGGAAAUGGUGUCUGUCCUGCAUCAUCCAGACACAGUGCUACGCUGUAUCUCAGAGAGAGCCUUCCUUAAGCAGCUGGAAGGAGGCUGCAGUGUGCCUGUGGCUGUUCAUACAGAAGUAAAGGGGUCUAUGUUGUAUUUGACUGGGGCUGUCUGUAGUUUGGAUGGAGCUGACUGCUUGAAGGACACUAUGAAGAUAAGUGUGGAACUAGACAACAAAGUGAACGAGAGUGCACGGGAGUGUGCACACGUUGGAGUUACUGCCACCAAUGUAUCUUCGAAUGCCCUUGAAGCUGCAGAGAAACUAGGUGUAGACCUGGCAAAUGUACUUCUUGAUAAGGGUGCCAAAGACAUUCUUACAACAGCCAGAAAACUGAAUGAUGCUAAAUAACAUUUUAGUUGCACUGGAGUGUCUAAACUUUGUUUAGGAACUUUUGACAUGGUGUUACUUUAAAAAGCAGUACACUUAAUAGUGUGCUCCAUAGCUACGUUUUCAUGGUCUAAAGAGAAUGUAUCAGUUUAUCUAGGAAGUCACUUUAGUGUACCUUAGUGCCUUUAUAUAACAAUGUUUUGCCAUCAUUCCCUUGGCAGCUAAAUCACACAAAAGAAACAGAUGUUGUUUAUCAAUUUUGAUGACUUCUCUCAGGCACACAUUUCUUUUAAUGAAAAUCUUCUUUAUAGUUUCCAAAUCAUGCUAGUGCAGAUGAAAUUGAGAGUCAAAAUGGCUACCGUUUACGGUUGCCUUUAAGAUUUUAAAAUGGGUAGCUUUGAACACUGUUCAGCCCAGAAAAUAUUUGUAGAUUCCUCAGGACAUGACGCAAAGACUUCAGUUUAAUGUGCUGGAUUUCAUUUUAUGUAAAUGCCGAAAUGGUGCUAUUCAUUUUCUUGAGAAUUCAAGACUUUGUGACACCCAAAAUCUUUAAGUGAGCAGCCUAAGAAAUUUGGGCAAGCAAUUCAUGUGACCAAGACAACCAGUUAGGUUGUAUACUCAUCAUAUUUGUUCAGUAAAUCAAAGAAAAGGCGUUUAUCACAAGUGCCUCUACUAAGCUAAUAAACCAACCAUGGCCAAACGCGCCAUAACCAGCAACGUUGAUGUUCUCUGUAAAGCUGUAUUUCAGUGACUUGUGAUUAAAGAAAACUAACUA